AUGGAUGAUGGACAUCCACAAAUUAAUACAUACCAUACGAAACGUAACAUAUAAUGCCAAUUUACUAUGUUCUAUGUUAUGUCUACCCCUGAUUCCAGGUUGGUGUAGUGGUGCUGUUUGAUGGUGGGGCUUUUGUAAUCUCCCCAUUUCUCCCUCCACCAGCCUCCACUGGGCUUUUCAGACACUCAGCUGUUGUUCACUCUUCCUUCUCCCAGGUGGUGAUGUGGAAGAGCUGAUGUCUACAAUGGCUGACCUGGAUCUACACCUGGACAUACUGAUACCCCCGUUUCAACGCUGUCGUGGUUACCUCCCGACACAGCAGCCCAACCCCAGGAUCUGACCCAUCUCUUCCUCACCUCCCCUGGGCUUCCUCCAGCCAGGCCUCCUAGCUCUACCCUGGGCCCAUAAUGGGAGGAUGCCUCUCCAAAAGCAAACCAGGUGACCACCACCUCCACCACCUCCACCAACCCACUGUUCCCUCUGUCCUACCCCCUGUUCUCCUUCCCUCUGUCCUACCCCCUGUUCUCCUUCCCUCCGUCCUACCCCCUGUACUCCUGCCCUCAGUCCUACCGCCGUUCUCCUUCCCUCCGUCCUACCCCUGUUCUCCUUCCCUCCAUUAUACCCCAUGUUCUCCUUCCCUCCGUCCUACCCCUGUUCUCCUUCCCUCCAUUAUACCCCAUGUUCUCCUUCCCUCCGUCCUACCCCUGUUCUCCUUCUCUCCGUCCUACCUCCUGUGUCUCCUUCCCUCUGUCCUACACCCUUCCAAAUCCUGGAAUAAUUGGCAUUUGUUUGCCAGCUAUACAGUAUAUAGGUCAUACAAACCCCUCUCCUGACUGCCUUUGUAGCAUGGCGAUUUGUGGAGGAGGAAUUUUAAUGCUCUCAAUUGCAUUGCCUUCAAGAGGAUUACAUAGUCAAAUACGAGUUUCAAAUGUAUGGCACAAUGUAUGACCGUUUCAAAGCAAACCUAUCACUGUUUCAAUGCAGUCAGCUUGUUGAAGGACGCAGGAAGUGCUGUAAUCAAACACAUUACGUUUUUAUAUCUUUGCUUGCUCCUAAAGCUUUGACUUUCAAUAGUGCUUUAGCUCUUAGGGAGAGCGGUUUAAAAAACCAAAACAAAUUAAACAUAAUUUUCACAAAAACAACCACUGCAAUACCACACUAUCAGCUAUUAUGAAUAAAGUGGAGGGGAUAGGGAGCUUGUGUCCAGACUUUAGAGGGUGCUGUGUUGGAACAGAGGCCCCUCACUGUGAAAAGUCUAAUUAGUCAGAGUCUUUAGGAAACAAGUGGGGCCCUGAACGGAACUUUGGACACAGCAGUGAUGAGCACCAGUAUAGUUAAGAAACUAAACCAGACCAAAACUUUUACACAAUGUUAGAUAAAUACAUGUUUUUAACAUGUAUGUAGAAUACAAUAUCACAACAUCAUUACUGUGUAAUUAUUCCUGUAAGUACAGUGUAAAAAGUAUUGUAAUUUCUUAAACUGUACUUAGGGCUAAGGUAAGGGUUAGGGUUAGGGCUAGGGAAAAUCCAGAGAAAAAUGAAAACAUAAAGAGUUACAUUAAGACGAUAAUAACUAUUCAAGUGUAUUGCCUGAUGUGAUACUGCAAAUUUCUGAAAAGCGUGGGCUUAGUCAAAACAUUGAUGCACACCUUGAGUUUCUGCAGUCAGUGAAAAGCAGAUUGGUACCUAAUUUGACUAAUACAUUUUACAUGAUCCUUACAGAUGUGUUAGUGGGAGCUGACCCCUCAAUUUGAUCCAAUCAAAUAUUUUAGCAACAUAGAGUCAAUUCAACACAGAAUAGUUUCUAAGACUAGGAAUAAUAUGAUGCCAUCAGUGCCCACUCAAAAUGACUAAGCGCAUGAUGCCUCUGAAUGGAAAAACAGAAGGGAGAAAAGAAAGGAGAAUGAGUGUGUGAGAGAGGGGGAUGAAGUGAUAACACAUGGCAAAGUGAGAGAAUGCAGUAUAAUUUCACCUAUGUCGGAGUAUCUCUUCCUCCAAUGACAAGUAUGUUUCUCCUGAGGUGUACAUUUUAUUCAGUUUUGCUGUCAAUAAGUAUUAUUGCUCUUUGGUGCAUUGGAUCAUCUCAGUGGAGAGAAAGAUCCCUUGCUACCCUCCAGUGCCUAUGCUACCCUCCAGUCCCUCGACUUCUUGGCUCUGACGGAAAAAUGGAUUACCACUGAAAACACUGCUACUCCUACUGCUCUCUCCUCGUCUGACCAUGUGUUCUCGCAUACCCCGAGAGCAUCUGGUCAGCGGGGUGGUGGCACAGGAAUCCUCAUCUCUCCCAAGUGGACAUUCUCUCUUUUUCCCCUGACCCAUCUGUCUAUCUCCUCAUUUGAAUUCCAUGCUGUCACAGUCACUAGCCCAUUCAAGCUUAACAUCCUUAUCAUUUAUCGCCCUCCAGGUUCCCUUGGAGAGUUCAUCAAUGAGCUUGAUGCCUUGAUAAGUUCCUUUCCUGAGGAUGGCUCACCCCUCACAGUUCUGGGUGACAUUAACCUCCCUACGUCUACCUUUGACUCAUUUCUCUCUGCCUCCUUCUUUCCACUCCUCUCCUCUUUUGACCUCACCCUCUCACCAUCCCCCCCUACUCACAAGGCAGGCAAUACGCUUGACUUCAUCUUUACUAGAUGCUGUUCUUCUACUAAUCUCACUGCAACUCCCCUCCGACCACUACUUUGUAUCCUUUUCUCUCUCGCUCUCCUCCAACACUACUCACUCUGCCCCUACUCAGAUGGUAAUGUGCCGUCGCAACCUUCGCUCUCUCUCUCCCGCUACUCUCUCCUCUUCCAUCCUAUCAUCUCUUCCCUCUGCUCAAUCCUUCUCCCUCCAAUCUCCUGAUUCUGCCUCCUCAACCCUCCUCUCCUCCCUUUCUGCAUCCUUUGACUCUCUAUGUCCCCUAUCCUCCCGGCCAGCUCAGUCCUCCCCUCCUGCUCCGUGGCUUGACGACUCAUUGCGAGCUCACAGAACUGGGCUCCGGGCAGCCGAGCGGAAAUGGAGGAAAACUAGACUCCCUGCGGACCUGGCAUCUUUUCAACCAUUUUGAAAAGAAGGUUGACAACAUCCGAUCCUCGUUUGUUAAGUCAAAUGACACUGCUGGUCCUGCUCACACUGCCCUACCCUAUGCUUUGACUUCUUUCUCCCCUCUCUCUCCAGAUGAAAUCUUGCGACUUGUGACGGCCGGCCGCCCAACAACCUGCCCGCUUGACCCUAUCCCCUCCUCUCUUCUCCAGACCAUCUCCGGUGACCCUCUCCCUUACCUCACCUCGCUCAUCAACUCAUCCUUGACCGCUGGCUAUGUCCCUUCCGUCUUCAAGAGAGCGAGAGUUGCACCCCUUCUCAAAAAACCUACACUCGAUCCCUCCGAUGUCAACAACUACAGACCAGUAUCUUUCUUUUCUCUCCAAAACUCUUGAGCGUGCCGUCUUUAGCCAACUCUCUUGCUAUCUCUCUCAUAAUGACCUUCUUGAUCCAAACCAGUCAGGUUUCAAGACUGGUCAUUAACUGAGACUGCUCUUCUCUGUGUCACGGAGGCUCUCCGCACUGCUAAAGUUAACUCUCUCUCCUCUGCUCUUGUCCUUCUAGACCUGUCUGCUGCCUUUGAUACUGUGAACCAUCAGAUCCUCCUCUCCACCCUCUCCGAGUUGGGCAUCUCCGGCGCGGCUCACUCUUGGAUUGCGUCCUACCUGACAGGUCGCUCCUACCAAGUGGCGUGGCGAGAAUCUGUCUCCGCACCAUGUGCUCUCACCACUGGUGUCCCCCAGGGCUCAGUUCUAGGCCCUCUCCUAUUCUCGCUAUACACCAAGUCACUUGGCUCUGUCAUAUCCUCUCAUGGCCUCUCCUAUCAUUGCUACGCAGACGACACACAACUAAUCUUCUCCUUUCCCCCUUCAGAUAACCAGGUGGCGAAUCGCAUCUCUGCAUGUCUGGCUGACAUAUCAGUGUGGAUGACGGAUCACCACCUCAAGCUGAACCUAGGCAAGACAGAGCUGCUCUUCCUCCCGGGGAAGGACUGCCCGUUCCAUGAUCUCGCCAUCACGGUUGACAACUCCGUUGUGUCCUCCUCCCAGAGUGCAAAGAGCCUUGGCGUGACCCUGGACAACACCCUGUCGUUCUCCGCUAACAUCAAGGCGGUGACCUGAUCCUGUAGGUUCAUGCUCUACAACAUUCGGAGAGUACGACCCUGCCUUACACAGGAAGCGGCACAGGUCCUAAUCCAGGCACUUGUCAUCUCCCGUCUGGAUUACUGCAACUCGCUGUUGGCUGGGCUCCCUGCCUGUGCCAUUAAACCCCUACAACCCCUACAAGAAUGCCGCAGCCCGUCUGGUGUUCAACCUUCCCAAGUUCUCUCACGUCACCCCGCUCCUCCGCACACUCCACUGGCUUCCAGUUGAAGCUCGCAUCUGCUACAAGACCAUGGUGCUUGCCUACGGAGCUGUGAGGGGAACAGCACCUCCGUACCUUCAGGCUCUGAUCAGUCCCUACACCCAAACGAGGGCAUUGCGUUCAUCCACCUCUGGCCUGCUGGCCCCCCUACCUCUGCGGAAGCACAGUUCCCGCUCAGCCCAGUCAAAACUGUUCGCUGCUCUGGCACCCCAAUGGUGGAACAAGCUCCCUCACGACGCCAGGACAGCGGAGUCACUCACCACCUUCCGGAGACACUUGAAACCCCACCUCUUUAAGGAAUACAUGGGAUAGGAUAAAGUAAUUAUUCUACCCGCCCCUUAUCCCACCCCAAAGAAAGAAAAAAAUAACAUAUUGUAAAGUGGUUAUCCCACUGGCUAUAAGGUGAAUGCACCAAUUUGUAAGUCACUCUGGAUAAGAGCGUCUACUAAAUGACGUAAAUGUAAAUGUUAACUACAUGACCAAAAGUAUGUGGACACCUGCUCGUCGAACAUCUCAUUCCAAAAUCAUGGGCAUUAAUAUGGAGUUGGUCCCCCCUUUGCUGCUAUAACAGCCUCCACUCUUAUGGGAAGGCUUUCCACUAGAUGUUGGAUCAUUGCUGAGGGGACUUGCUUCCAUUCAGCCACAAGAGCAUUAGUGAGGUCGUGCACUGAUGUUGGGCGAUUAGGCCUGGCUCGUAGUCAGCGUUCCAAUUCAUCCCAAAGGUGUUCAAUGGAGUUGAGGUCAGGGCCCUGUGCAGGCCAGUCAAGUUCUUCCACACCGAUCUCGACAAACCAUUUCUGUACGGACCUCGCUUUGUGCAUGGGGGCAUUGUCAUGCUGAAACAGGAAAGGGCCUUCCCUAAACUAUUGCCACAAAGUUGGAAGCACAGAAUUGUCUAGAAUGUCAUUGUAUGCUGUAGCGUUAAGAUUUCCCUUCACUGGAACUAAGGGGUCUAGCCAGAAUCAUGAAAAACAGCCCUCAGACCAUUAUUCCUCCUCCACCAAACUUUACAGUUGGCACUAUGCAUUGGUGCAUUCCAGCUGGUGAAGCGUGAUUCAUCACUCCAGAGAACGCAUUUCCACCGCUCCAGAGUUCAAUGGCGGCAAGCUUUACACCACUCCAGCCGACACUUGGCAUUGUGCAUGGUGAUCUUAGGCUUGGGUGUAGCUGCUCGGCCAUGGAAACCCAUUUCAUGAUGCUCCCGACAAACAGUUAUUGUGCUGACUUUGCUUCCAGAGGCAGUUUGGAACUCGGUAGUGAGUCUUGCAACUGAGGGCAGGCGAUUUUUACACUCUACGUGCUUCAGCACUCUGAGGUCCCAUUAUGUGAGCUUGUGUGACCUACCACUUCGUGGCUGAGCUGUUGUUGCUCCUAGAUGUUUCCACUUCACAAUAACAGCACUUACAGUUGACCGGGGCAGCUCUAGCAGGGCAGAUAUUUGACGAACUGACUUGUUUGAAAUGUGGCAUCCUAUAGUCCCCUGUGGCUCAGUUGGUAGAGCAUGGCGCUUGCAACGCCAGGGUUGUGGGUUUGUUUCCCAUGGGGGGCCAGCAUGAUAAUGUAUGCACUCACUAACUGUAAGUCGCUCUGGAUAAGAGCGUCUGCUAAAUGACUAAAAUGUAAAUGUUAACUAGGCAGGGAUAAUCCAAAAACAAAGCAGCUUGCAUUGCUAGAAGAAAUGAUGCUAUAUAGAACCACAAAUCAGCCUUGUUUUUUAGCAGUGUGUAUGAAUGUAAAAUUACACUUUGUAAAAUUACAGUACAAAAGUAAGACCAGCAACACAUUGUGGAUAAAUAGCCUCAGUUAAAGGUAAUAGGUUUUAGGACAGAGUCAUCACACAUAGUUUGCAAGUCAUUGACAAAUAAACCCCUGUCCAGGAGAAGGAGAGUUAAACCUAAAUAAACACUUUAUGCUAUUUUAAUGAUGAUAAAAAAUUGCUCAUGUACAUGAAUGGGCUGUGCUGCUUACUUUAGUUAUUUAAUUAAUUAAUUGAUGUUCAAUGAUCAUGUUACUCUUCAUUUUAUAUAAAGUGAGCUCCAAAAGUAUUGGGACAGUGACCAUUUUUGUUUUGGCUCUGUACUCUAGCACUUUGGAUUUGAAAUGAUGCAACGGCUAGGAGGUUAAAGUGCAGACUAUCAGCUAAGGUUUUUCAUCCAUAUUGGGUGAACCGUUUAGAAAUUACAGCACUUUUUGUACAUAGUCGACCCAUUUUAGGGGACCAAAAGUAUUGGGCUAAAUUCACUCAUGUGUAGUAUUUGAUUCCCUAAAAUGGGGAGACUAUGUACAAAAAGUGCUGUAAUUUAGAAACGGUUCACCCAAUAUGGAUGAAAAUACCCUCAAACAGUCUGCAUUUUUGCCUCAUAGUCAUUGUAUCAUUUAAAAUCCAAAGUGCUGGAGUUCAGAGCCAAAACAACAACACAUUUGUCACUGUCCCAAUACUUUUGGAGCUCACUGUACAUCAACCUCUCAUCAAAUACAUGUAGCAAUUACUUAAGAUUUCAGAUACAGUACAUCUGAUGUUUAGGAUAGAUUCUGACUUCAGCAUGGUGCAUAUGGUUGAGUAGGCUAUCAACUUAUGGAUUCAGAAUUGCCCCGAUCAGCAGAUGUGAUUUUAUGAUGUGAGAAUCUAAAGAAAGAUAAUUUAAAAAAUAUAAAAUAUCCCUAUAGCAAAUCAAACACACAAUGUGAAUUUGCUUACAUAAGAUCCUAGUUGAAGAUCUCUCCUUUGAAAAAAAAAAAGAUCCCAUAUGAGUGUGGGGAUGGAUGCCUCUCCCGUUUCCUCUCCUGUGAUUGCAGUCACUCUCAUGAUUUUCCAUUGAUUUUAAUUAAGACUUGCUCAGCAGGUCAGAAUUCCAGGCAGAUUAUCGUGUAGGAACCGGAUCGUCAGCAAAAUAUUUUUACAGCCAAAGAGAUAAAGCUGGCUGCAGUGAAAACGGGUUGCACAACCACUUCUGCAGAAAUGCAGAAAUACAAACACCAGAGGCAACUUAUCAGAUGUCAUCAAAUGCCUCAGGGCGCCUCACAACAAAUAAACCCACACAUCCCCUUAGGCCUAUCCUUAUGUAUAUGUGUUAUUUCUGCAAAUAUCUAAUGCAUGGUGUAGUGAUCCUAAAUAUAUGCUAUAAAGCUCUCAAGGUUGUCACAGCAAAUUUGCACCACAUUUUAAAAAAUCUUCUUAAGUCUUUUCAUGGUUACGUCAGUUUCAUUCGAUACAAAACCCUUCUCCAUGGGGAGUCUGACGCUGAGUGCUGCAAUCAAAGGAGAAAUGAACAUGAAUAUCAGUGGCUGCUGGUGACUUAAAAAGUUGAGGAGGAUGAUGGGUGAAAGUUGUGAACUAAAAACAAGUGAAUACAUUAUUUAUUUUUUAAGUGACUGGGCAAACAUCAGCCUGAAAAGGGUGUUGUUUUGCUAAUGGUCUGUGGUCUGUGUCCUGCAGUUUUCUAGUGGUCUGUGGUAUGUGUCCUGCAGUUUUCUAAUGGUCUGUGGUCUGUGUCCUGCAGUUUUCUAGUGGUCUGUGGUCUGUGUCCUGCAGUUUUCUAAUGGUCUGUAGUCUGGGUCCUGCAGUUGAGGUGAAAGUGGAGCUAACCCUCCUGGACAAAGAAAAGGAAGCAGAUGUGAAGUCCCCCAACGGAAAGGCAAGCCCCUUUUCUGACUGCAGACCCAACGGAGCGCUGGAACAUUUCUCCGAUGAGGACUCCGCUGCUGCCGCCCUCAGGCUCUACAAACCCAGCGACUACCUGGAGGCCUCUGUGUGUCAUGUCAAGGAUCUGGAAAAUGGACAGUAAGGCCAAACAAAAGACAAUGUAUACUGUACCAGGUUAAUCACCUGGAAUUUGUAUGGCUGGCCUCACAAUUAUUGUCCCUUCCUGUGUGUGUGUGUGCGUGUGUGUGUGUGUGUGUGUGUGCGUCUGUGUGUGUGCUCUUAUCCCUGCAUAGGAUGCGUGAGGUUGAUUUGGGAAGUGGCAGAGUGCUGCUCAUCAAAGAACAUGGAGAGUUUUCUGCAAUCGGGCACAAGUGCCCACAUUAUGGGGCACCACUGGUCAAAGGUGAGUCCCGUUCUGCAUCGUUUGCUUUUUUGGUGGAAUAUUGGUAUGGAAAUUCAUAUUUUUGCUGUCUUCUGUUAUAAUCAAGCUCUGAGAUGGACAGGUGUAUGAUACAGUGGGAUGUAUAUCUUUGUGUGUUGCAGGUGUCUUAUCCAAAGGGCACGUUCGUUGCCCCUGGCAUGGAGCUUGUUUCAACAUCGCUACGGGAGACAUUGAGGACUUUCCUGGGCUGGACAGCCUGCCCACCUUCCAGGUGACCUUCCUUGUUCGGUUCGCAAUGCCAUUCAUAUUCCCUGCCUUCACGUUCUGUCUCUAAGCAUAAUCAAAACCGUGUACACAUUGCUCAUGUCUGUUUGCUUCAGGUCCGAGUUGAAAAGGACAAAGUGAUAGUUCGCGCUAACAAACAGGUAAAGACACUCUGGGACUAUUUAGAACAGAUCAUUGUGCUAAAUCAACUGAUCCCCCUUUGUUGACCUGUGACCUGGCAAACAUUUCUGUCUUCAGGAUCUUCAGUCACAGAAGAGGUCAAAAGCCAUGGCCCGAUGUUCAGCAGUUAACUCCAGCACUGGCUUCAGCCACGUCCUUAUCGUUGGAUCAGGUGAGUUGGCCAUUGAGCAUCUCCUUGCACUCAUACACUCAGGGAUGGAAAUUAAGCUAGCCCACUAGCCCGUGGUUAGUACUUUUCAGACCGGGCUAGAAGAAAUAGUGUUCAACUAGCCCACUGGCAACUGACAUUUUGCCUUUUCAAAUAUCACAUGGCACAGAUUUUGGACCCGGGCUAGUAAAACAUUGCAGUCUACUAGCCUGGCUGACCAGUGCCUAAAAUAAUACAAUUCCAUUCCUACACACACCGCUGGUAAAAAGAAGUCUGUUUGUUUAUGUUCAAACUGUCGACUAGGACUGGAACUAUAUGUGUUCGGUUCAUUAUAGGUCCUGAGUAUUCCAAAGAAGAAUAGAUGAUAGCAGCUCCCAAUAAUUACUGCAACAACAAGGAUUUUAGUUCAUAGUGUCUUUGUACUACGCGUUUCAACUGUAUGCUCUUUGUUUUAACGCACUUCAAAUCGUUUUGUUUGUGUUCACACCGCUCUAAGAUUGUGUCUGGUAUGCCAAAUUGAAUCCAUGCUCCAAUUCACUACUAUUGUUUCACUCAAUAGUUACGGUAAAGGGAGCAUGGAUUCAGUUUGGGUAGCAAGGAUCUAAGAUUCUAUAUAGACGUUAAACAAGUGUCUUGUGUCUCCAGGUCCAGCAGGGCUGGUGUGCGCUGAGACGUUGAGACAGGAAGGCUUCCCCGAUCGCAUUGUCAUGUGCACCAUGGACAAACACCCACCCUAUGACAGGCCUAAACUGAGUAAGGUUUGUACAGAGAUCCAGAGCACACCACAGAGAUGGUAAAAGGACUAUCCCCAUAAGGACUUAGUGACCAUGAGGGUUCUUUAAGUUGACUAUUCUUCUAGAUACAAACAUUGUUGACAUUGUUGAUGGAAGGACUACCAGUUAUGCCCUAUUGUAUUUCAUAGCAGAUUGAAUAUUCUUCCCAGACAUUUCAUGCUCCAAAAUACUUACUAUUUUGUUAUUGCUAGUAUUAUUAACCCAUCUUGAACCCAUCUUUAGUCUGUAAUCGUGGGAUAAUAUUGGUCCUGGCCAAUGUAGAAGUUUGGCCAUGAUAUCUAUGAGAAAACGGUUUGCUGACCUUGAGUUUCAAAUUGUGACAAUGUUAAAAAUGAAACCAAAAAAUGUAUGCUGCAUUAGCAUCAUAAAAGUGGCAUUUCUUCACUGAAUGUCACCCACAACAUUUCAAUUUAACAAACGUCACCCCAUAAACUCCAGCCUGUGGUAUACUGUGCUGUGGUGCGGUGUAACUAACUAUCUCCCUCUCAGUCCUUAGAGAGCACAGCAGAGCAGCUCCGGCUACGCUCCAUAGACUUCCUCCAAGCCCACGACAUCGAGUUGCUCACGGAGAAGGAGGUGAGACCUUAAACACUGAUUAUAUAGGCUAAGUUUGAAUCCACAACUGGGCUGUGUUCACUGGGGACUUUUCAAACCAAUUGAAACAGCGAGUUGCUACCUGGUUGAAUGUCUUCCAAGAAGAAGCAGGUAUAUCUCACUGGUCAUCCCCAAAGCCAACACCUCCUUUGGCCGCCAUUCCUUACAGUUCUCUGCUGCCAAUGACUGGAACGAACUGCAAAAAUCUCUGAAGCUGGAGACUCUUAUUUCCCUCACUAACUUUAGGCGUCAGUUGUCAGAGCAGCUUACCCAUCACUGCACCUGUACACAGCCCAUCUGUAAUUAGCCCAUCCAACUACCUCAUCCCCAUAUUGUUAUUUAUUUUGCUAAUUUGCACCCCAGUAUCUCUAUUUGCACAUCAUCUUUUGCACAUCUAUCAUUCCAGUGUUAUUACAAAAUUGUAACUAUUUUGCUCUAUGGCCUAUUUAUUGCCUUACCUCCAUAAUUUACUACAUUCGCACACACUGUAUAUAUAUUUUCUGUUGUAUUUUUGACUUUAUGUUUUGUUUACCCCAUAUGUAACUCUGUGUUGUUGUUUUUAUCGCACUGCUUUGCUUUAUCUUGGCCAGGUCGCAGUUGUAAAUGAGAACUUGUUCUCAACUGGCUUACCUGGUUAAAUAAAGGUUAAAUAAAUAAAAUAAAAUAAAUAAAAAAGAAGAUUUUCGUUUUGUUUCCGUUGCAAAUGUCCUACUGAAUACGACACUGGUCUCCGAGCAGCAAUGAAGUGGUAUAGAUUCCCUUGGUGAUACCAUGGCCCUAUGUUCUCUUUCUAACUGGGAUGUUUGGAUAUCAUAGGCUGUGGCAGUGGAUGUCAAGACGAGGGCUGUGACUUUUCAAGAUGGCUCUAGGAUGGAAUACAGGAAGCUUUUCAUUGCCACAGGAAGCAAGUGAGGAGUAACUGUAAAUUGUCUUUGGUUGAAUGCAAUAAAAUGGAAUUCAAUUCUGUUCUAGUUGAUAUUACCAGUUUUGACAUCACUCAUUCUUCUAUUGACACUGAUAUACCCGUUUUUUGUCUCUUGUAAGACCCAAGCCGAUGAACUACAAAGGCCAGGACGUUAGGAAUGUGUUUCACCUCCGAACCCCUGAAGAUGCUAACAGCGUAGCCAGGCUGGCCAACAACAAGAAUGCUGUGAUUGUGGGAACAUCAUUUGUUGGUGAGAGAGAUGACAGACAUGCAGUAGAUAAAACAGUCACACAUUCCUUUUUUAAGGAAUGUUGAUCUAUAAGCCUUAAAGGGUUUAUUAAGGCUACAUUAAGUUGUAAUUUGUUGAAUUGUUGUUUUGAACCUUUGUAUUGAUAGUACUACUGUAAUUGUAGCACUUAUAUCUGUAAAUGUGUGCAUGUGUAAUCAUCUGUAUUCUCUGCAUUAGGUAUGGAGGUGGCUGCAGCUCUCACCGACAAGGCCCACUCUGUCUCCAUCAUUGGGAAAGAAGCAAUCCCUUUCCGGAAGGCUCUGGGGGAGAAAGUAGGGAAAGCCAUAAUGAAGGUAGGGACCCACCCCUGGGAAGUCAGGCUCUGUGUCAGCCCUACUACCUCUAGAACACCUUCAUCUGCAUUUCUACACAGAGAAACUUAUACUUUAAAUGUGAAUCAUGUUCAUUAGGCUCGAUUUACCAGGCGCCACAAGGGAAUAUGUAGAGUAUAUUCUUAUCGGUGCUCAUGCACUUAUUUAGACAAUCAGGUAGAUAUUGGCCACUAGUCCUGUUUUUUCAGGGGAGAUUAUACUGUGUUUGCAUGUGUGUGUGUGUGUGCAUGCGUGCAUAGGGUCUCAGCAUGAUAACACUGCAUGUUCCCUGCUGAUAACAUAAGGCAGAGGGAGACUGUUGAUACAGUCAUACCUUGUAAUACAUAAUGUGUUAACAAUCCAUUAUUAAGAGAGUAUUCAUAGUAAGCGUUACCUCCUACCCGCCAAUUACCCACUGGCAUUAGUGAUAGGCCUAUGUAUUUGUUAUAUUUGUAGCCGAACACAAUUUAGGCUGAACUUAACAAAAGCUCAACUCUUUGAGAAGUAGCUUUGACCUUUGAACCUUAACCCAGUGCUAUCUCUCUCUCUCUCUCUCUCUCUCUCUCUCUCUCUCUCUCCCUCUCUCUCUCUCUCUCACUGUGUCUGUCUGCCUGUGUCUGCCUGUCUGUCUGACUGACUUUUCAGCUGUUUGAGACAAACAGGGUGAAGUUCUACAUGUUGAACGAGGUAUCGGAGAUGCUUGGCCAUGAUGGACAGGUAUUCCGAAAGUGAGACAAACAGCAUAACAUGAUGCACAGUUGGCUCUCUCCUUCCUUCUCUCUGCUGGCCAGUCAAGCCCACUUUUAGGCUUUGCCCAGAUUCUCUACCAUGCACACUUCCAUUAUGGAUUUCACAAUGGUGGAAACGCCCUCUGCGAAUGAUUACACAAAUCCAUGACGGGAAGUGUGCAACGAUACAAUUGGGGAGAAGGGUGGAGAAUGGGGAUGCAGCCAUUGAAUGGUGAUGAACGGGUGUGACUGACCCUGAUGUACCACAGUGUGCCAACAAAAAGAAAGGAUAAGCAGCCAAGAUUACUACCAAUUACAGUCUCCAUUUUGGAGUGUGGCUCAGUAAAAACAACGUGACAAUACUGGUUUUGCAAAACAAAUCUGAACUUUGUAGUCAGGAACAGAGGUAGUAGAACUGAGGGUAAUCUAGUGGUAAAAUGAUGUGUGUGUUGCCUCACUGUUUUUGUCAGUGUUGUUUUUAUGUUCCACAGUUGAAAGAGGUGGUUCUGAAGAGUGGGAAAGUACUAAGGGCGGACGUGUGUGUCAUUGGCACAGGUGAGGAAGCUAGCUCAGAGACACAAACGCUCGUUCAGCAAUAGCCUCCACUUUAGCAAAUUCUCUCCUUUCAGUGGUGGUGCAGGAGUGUAAUGUAGAGUUGAUCCAACUCACUCUCAGCCAUUGUUACUCUGCUUCCUGGUGGUGAAUUAAUUGUGGUUUCUAUCUAUGUGGGACCUCUGCAGGGUCAGGCCCAGCCACUGGCUUCCUGAAACAGAGUGGAGUUCACAUGGAUUCCAAGGGUUUCGUCCCCGUCAGCAAGGUAGAAACUGCAAUUGUGACACACGGCAUGGCAUGCACAACAAUUAUAAUAUCACACAAAUACUUUGAAUCCACUCAUUUCAUUUAAAAUGCCCUCAUUUCAUACAAACAAUUUAUUUCAGUGUUAUUUGUAGAGCUAGAGACCUGAGUUUUUCCUGACAGGGAAAAUUGCAGUUCUCAUCUAAUUUGUCAGGUGGAUUGUCUACAAGUAAGAGAUCCUCCUGAUUUCCACAUUGCCUCCUGUAUUCUUCUGGAUAACCCUCUAACCCUCAGACAAUGCAGACCAAUGUUGAUGGUGUCUUUGCCGGAGGAGACAUUGUGACGUUUCCUUUUCCGGGGCGCAGCAAUAAGAAGGUGAACAUCCCACACUGGCAAAUGGCCCAUGUGCACGGUAAGUGUUAAUUGUUAAGUGCUAAGUAUUACAGUGUUACGUGUUAAAGUGUGAGUUUUUCCCUAAGGGGUCAAACACUUAGCUGCAUAUCUGGGGCUGGAUUUGCAGUGUAUUGGUUUUUAUGGAACCAUUUCUGUUUGUUUGGGUUUGACAGGGAGAGCGGCAGCACUUGGCAUUAUGGGAAGACCCACUGAGAUCAAAACAGUGCCCUAUUUCUGGUCGGCCAUGUUUGGGAAAAGCCUACGCUACGCAGGUAAACAAAGCCUCACUCCACAAGUAAUAUAAGUUAAUACCGGUAGGGUCAUUUAGCAGAUUAUAUCCGAAGCACAUGGCAGAACUGUCAUGGACAGUGACACAUCUGUUCAUUAUAUGUGGCCUGUGCAUGUAUCCAAACCUCCACCAUGGGUUUGCCAGCACCAUGCACAGUCUAGCCCACUGAACCAUUGGAAACUUUUUCACAUACAAGUUAUACAAGUUUUGUUUAUGUACUGUAUGAAUUGUUUGGGAAAUUGGGACUGAAUAGGUGGCUAAAAGUAAUCUUAAAAUAGUGAGUUGGCAAGACUACUACCCAAAUUGCUCUCCUCCAAAUGUCUCUGUUGAGAUUGUAGCUUCAGUACUGCCACCUAGCUGUGAAGUCAGAUACUGAGGGUUUUCAGUCAUCAUAGGAUUCAGAAGUAUGCCAUCAUAAUGGGUGUGGUGGUGUUGUGUGCACUCUUUUUUACAGACCUACUUAAGAAAGUGCUUUUAUUCUAUUACCAAGGUUACGGGGAGGGCUUUGAUGAUGUCAUCAUCCAAGGAGACGUGGACGAGCUGAAGUUUGUGGCAUUUUAUACUAGGUAUGUGUCCAAACACCAUCGUGGCUAUCUACUGAGAUGCGUUCAGCCAUCGGUCCAUGUUGUUUUGUAAAGUAAAUCCUCUGUUUUGUUUUUGUCAUGUUUUGUUCUUAUAUAAUCCAGGAGUGUUCAUCCUUACAACAGACUAAACUCUAGUAAUCCUAGAGUUUUCCCUAAAAGUUUGUUGUCUAAAAGUUGUUUGGUUAAUCUCUCCUACCUAUAGGAGUGAGGAGGUGGUUGCCGUGGCCAGCAUGAACUAUGACCCCAUUGUAUCCCGUGUGGCAGAGGUCUUAGGGUCCGGAAAGACGAUUAGAAAGCGAGAUGUG